UCCCAGAACCGCAACCAGGUUCAUAGCUGCUUUGUGUAGCCCUUGCUUUGAGUCAGUCGCACACUCUGGAGUGGAUAGCUACAUGGAAGGAGCGAGGCGGACCCUGUCGUUCUCCAUCAUCAAAAUCCUAGGGACGGAGAAAGCUGUGUGCAGUAGUGAAGAGUUUUCCUCUCCCUGUACUGCCACCAACACCAGUGGCAUUCCAGUGGAUGAUAGGGGCCCUUCAGACUGCCCCUCGUGUAAUGAGCUGGAGCUAGACAGCAGAGGGGAGCCAGAGCAGGAUAGGGGAGCAAAAGAAGAGGAUGAUGAUGAAGAAGAAGAAAGCAACAGAGUAGGAUCAAAACUGUACCCAGGGAACAAUCCAAACGUGAAGAGACAG